AUGGUGAAAUCGACAAGUAAGGAUGCUCAGGAUCUGUUCCGAUCUCUUCACUCCGCAUAUUCUGCGACUCCGACUAAUCUGAAGGUCAUCGACUUGUAUGUCGUUUUCGCUGUCUUCACUGCUUUGAUUCAGGUGGCUUAUAUGGCUUUGGUGGGAUCAUUUCCGUUUAACUCAUUCCUAUCUGGGGUUCUCUCUUGUAUCGGGACAGCAGUUCUUGCUGUUUGCCUCCGGAUUCAAGUGAACAAAGAAAACAAGGAGUUCAAGGAUUUGGCACCGGAACGAGCUUUUGCUGAUUUUGUCCUCUGCAACUUGGUCCUGCACUUGGUGAUCAUAAACUUCCUCGGAUAGGUUUCCGUCUCCUAUCUUACAGAGGUUGCUUUCAUGUAAUCAUGUUAUGGAGUUUUUUUAGGUGUCACUUGGAAUCAAAACUGUAGUAGUAUUGAGAUAUUUCUGUCAAAGAAUCGAACUUUUUGGUCUUUCAAUAAACAGUGCUACAUAUACUUGGUUGAAAACUCAAAUUGGUUUCGGUCGGCCUCUGUUUGAA